CAGCGUAAAGGGACAAGCGGCGCCUCGCAGGAGCUGUCCCGGAUGGGGCUUUCUGGCGAUCCUGCCGCCGCUAGGCCUCGCCGAGGCCGCAGCGGCCCUAGUUCCCGCCUCGGAGCUGAGCUGGAUCCCCAGCACCCCGCGGGAACUCGGGGUCCCGCCAAACCGAAACACCGCAGCUCGCCAUCCUCCCCAACCGGGUCGGGCCCACUCGAAAACACUCACCCGCGGGCCGAAAAGGCGCCCGCAGCUCCGGCUUCGCUUCCCUUUGUCCCGCGCUCGCCCCGCCCCUCGCGCCGGAGCUUCCGCGCUCGCACUUUCCACACGCUCCGGGAUUUCUCCGCGGGCCGCGGCCGGCUCUCCUCAGACGAGCAGCCCUUGCAGCGAGGAUGCGGAGAGGCUGAGUGCAGCCAAGGAUUUUUUUUUUUUCCCCCCCAGGCUCCGCAGUUUUUCUCAGAAGUCUUCCAAUUUGGAUCCUGUCCCAGCCGGGCGCCGAUUCGUCACGGCGAGGAGGGCGGAGAAGGCCGGGCCGCGUUGCGGGCCCCGGUUCGCGGCUCGCGGCCGGGCGGCAGGAACUGCGCUGGGAGCGCGGCGGGGAUUCACCCAGGCGAUACCGCUAGACAAAUGUCGGCCAAUCAGGGUCCUGAACCCUGGAAAUAGCCUCAUCCCAGCCUCUGCUAUGAAGAAAACUACCCUGCCUGAGCUCAGGGCUUUCUGCUCUCACCGCUGCAUUGGACAGACAGACAGACCAAGCUUGGAGCUUGAAAAUAAAGGCUCUUUGCUUUUACA